AUGCAGGGAUGCGUCGACUCAGUCCGAGCCCCAGCCGGCGAGAAUGAAGCCGAGUGCCUGUCAACGCCGACUUCGUUGCGACGUCGUUCUCGAUUCUUCCCGAUUGCGGCAUACAGUGAGAUCCUGCUGGCAGACCCUGCCAGCAUCGAGCGUAGUUCGGAAAGUCAAGUAGAUCUAUGUGGAGUAGCCUGGCGACUCUUCCUGGACCUCCUGGUCUAUCGCCUAGUGAACUGCAGGGUCUAUGCAGUUUCGCUUUGCAAGGCUUUGGCAAAAGAGUUGCAAGCCUUGACGCGUGAUCGGUUUCUAUGCUACUACGUUGCUCUUGCCGUCUGCAGCUUGUUCCUGGGCUACUACGUGGCCCUUGCCCUUUGUUACUUGUGUUGUUUGUUGAUGUUUGUUGGCGCAUCAAACAAUUCAGGCAAUCAAGGCUGA